AUGAACAACACAAUAUACUGCGAUAAUGGCUCCAAUUUUGUUGGAGCAGCCAACUAUUUAAAACAACUGGAUUGGAACCGUAUCCAAAAAUAUGGAGCAAUAAACUCUAUUGACUGGAAGUUUAAUUCUCCAACUGCUGCCUGGUGGGGCGGAUGGUGGGAGAGAUUAAUUAGAAUUUUAAAAGAUCUUUUGAAGAAAGUUUUAGGACAGGGACGUCUCAAUUAUGAGGAGAUGAUAACGGUUUUGGCAGACUGCGAGCGUGUAAUCAACUCAAGACCUCUAACUUACAUUUGCGAAGAGGGAGCUAUAAAACCAAUUUCUCCAUCGAUGUUCAUACAAGACGUGCAUGAAUGCAAUCUUCCUGAUAUAGAUGCUGUAGAGCAAAAUUCUGUGAGCAAUAGAUUCAAAUACAGACAAGCAGUGCUUAAAGACUUAAGAAAUCGUUUCAGAUCUGAGUAUUUGGGUCGUAUAACAAAAAUCAUACCAGGUAAAGAUGGACAUGUACGACUUGUUCGAGUGCAAACUUCACAGCAGAAUUUCCUGCGACCAAUUCAAAGAAUAUAUCCAUUAGAGUUAACAUCCUCUGAUGACUUCUCCACUUCGAUGACACAAGAUGAUUUGAAUAAGACAAAUGACAUCACCAAAACUUCUGACAGUACUUCUGGCAACGAGAUGAAAUUUAGUAGAGCCGGAAGAAGAAUUAAAUUGCCAGAGAAACUGAACUUGAAAUUUAUUUUGUUUUGA